UCUAUUAUGUUAUGCAUUUAACUGGAAUACUGGUGAAUAUCUUUAUCUUUUAUAUCUUGGAAAUUUUUCCCAUUUUUGAAUCAGAAAUUUAGGACCAAGAAUCUUCUGUCAUAAUACAGAACCUAUUACUUUGAGGAGUGAACUUAUAUUAACAGUGCUAAACCGUAGGUGAACGACUUGGUAGAUGAAAACUUUGGAAAAUAGGAACAUUUCAUGUCGUCACAUGUAUCCUCCAACAUUGGGGAAAGUUCAACAGUUGCCUUAAGGCGGGCGUUUAAUUGAAGACAUUUACUAAAAAGUUACUUAUUCUUUUUGAAAUUCUCUUCUGAUAAACGUCUUCCCGGGAUAAUGAACAUCUCCAGGAUGUGAGAACCGAGCGCGUGUCCGCGGAGUGCUUGAGCAACGCAGAAUGGCCUCGGUGCUGGGUUCCUUAGACCCCGUGCAGACCCUGCUGAGCCCUCAGCAUCUUUAUCUGGAUUAGAGAUCUGAUUUCCAAAAGUUGUCCUGUUUUUGUAAAUCUUCAAUCAAAAGGCUUAAAAGGAGAAGGUAAAGCUGCAGAUGGCUCUGGAACUUGUGAGGAAAGAGUUGGAGGACACCUUGACUCAGGAGGCCAACGUGGGGAGAAAGACUGUCAUUUGGAAGGAGAAAGUGGAAAUGCAGCGGCAGCGCUUCAAAUUGGAGUUUGAGAAGCAUCGUGGCUUUCUGGCCCAGGAGGAGCAGCGGCAGCUGAGGUGGCUGGAGGCGGAGGAGCGAACGACGCUGCAGAGACUGCGGGAGAGCAAGAACCGGCUGGCCCAGCAGAGCAAGGCCCUGAAGGAGCUGGCAGACGAGCUGCAGGAGAGGUGCCAGCGCCCGGCCCUGGGUCUGCUGGAGGGUGUGAGAGGAGUCCUGAACAGAAGUAAGGCUGUCACAAGGCUGGAAGCAGAGAACAUCCCCAUGGAACUGAAGACAGCGUGCUGCAUCCCUGGGAGGAGGGAGCUGCUGAGGAAGUUCCAAGGACUCUUUAACCACACCAGAGCCCACCAAGUCCUCUUCAUGAUGCUUCUGACCACCGUUUUGACCUCCCUGUUUGGCAAUGCCCUCAUGAUCCUCCUGAUUCACCGAGAACGCAGGCUCCACACGCCCAUGUACUUCCUCCUGAGCCAACUCUCCCUCAUGGACGUGAUGCUGGUUUUCACCACUGUGCCCAAAAUGGCGGCUGACUACUUGACCGGAAAUAAGGCCAUCUCCCGCGCUGGCUGUGGUGUGCAGAUCUUCUUCCUGCUCACCACGGAUGGUGGAGAGUGCUUCCUCUUAGCAGCCAUGGCCUAUGACCGCUAUGCGGCUGUCUGCCACCCACUCCGAUAUCCCACUCUCAUGAGCUGGCAGCUGUGCCUGAGGAUGACCAUGUCGUGUUGGUUCCUGGGUGCAGCUGACGGGCUCCUGCAGGCUGUUGCUACCCUGAGCUUCCCAUAUUGCGGCGCACACGAGAUCGAUCACUUCUUCUGCGAGGCCCCCGUGCUGGUGCGUUUGGCUUGUGCUGACACUUCAGUCUUCGAAAACGCCAUGUACAUCUGCUGUGUGUUAAUGCUCCUGGUCCCCUUGUCUCUCAUCCUGUCCUCCUAUGGUCUCAUCCUCGCCGCUGUUCUCCACAUGCGCUCUACAGAAGCCCGCAAGAAGGCCUUUGCCACCUGCUCUUCACAUGUGGCUGUGGUGGGACUCUUUUAUGGAGCUGCCAUUUUUAUCUAUAUGAGACCCAAAUCCCACAGGUCCACUAACCACGAUAAGGUUGUGUCAGCCUUCUAUACUUUGUUCACCCCUUUACUAAACCCCCUCAUCUACAGUGUGAGGAACAGUGAGGUCAAGGAAGCCCUGACAAGGUGUAUGGGUCGGUGUGUGGCCUUAAGUCACGAAUAAGAGUAUAUAUAUUUGCCCCAACAUUCAAAAUUGUGCAAAGUGUUUGUGUGGAAUUUCCUAGAGAUAAGGAAUAUACACUUUUAUAUCUACAUCUGUUCUCUCUCUCCCUGUCUCUCUCUCUCUCUCUCUCUCUCCCUGUCUCUCUCUCUCUCUCUCUCUGUGUUUGUGUCUUGCUUUGAAUUGCAGAUGAAUCUUCAUUCCUUGGGUUCAUUUACUCAGCUAUCAUUAUCCAGUCAAAUCGUGGAUUGUUAAAAAUCGGUGAACUCACUAAUCCUUAGUAAGAUGGUUUUACAUCAUACCUCGCAAUAAUUUUUUGUUCAAAGAAGAAUUAACCAUUCAAGCAGUUUUGAAAGUUAAUUGUUGCCAUUUGUUUCAAAUUGAGGUGCAGCUUACACACAGUAGAAUGCUCAUAUUAAGAUGUUCCUUUUCAACUAAUUUCCACAAAUAUCUACGCUGGUAAUUCACCCAUUAUGAAGAGACACCAUUUUCACCACCUCAGAAAGGUCCUGCAGGCCCUUUUCCAGUGAUACCCCUGGCCUAAGAUACAUCCACUGCUCUAAUUUUUAUCUCCGUUCAUUAGUUUGGACUAUUCUAAAAUUUCACAUCAAAGGAAACCAAUAGUAUUGUCUUGAAUCUUGCUUCCUUCUUUCAGCUUAAUGUAUUUCUAAAAUCCCUCCACCUUUUUACCUCAUUGAUACAUUGCUCUUUUUUACUGCUAAGUAGUAUUUUGUUUUCUGAAAAUGUCAUCAUUUGUUUAUCCAUUAUUUUGCUGAUGGACAUCUGGGCUAUUUUCAGUUUGAAGUUCUUACGACUGAAAUGUCUGUUAAUCUCCUAUUUGUAAUAAUAUGUUUUUAUUUUUCUUGGUAGGUGUCUGAUGAACUCUUCAGUAAACUGUUUUCAGAGUGGUUGUUUACUCUUAUGCUGCCGCUGACAAUGCACACAAGUUCCAGUUGCUCCAAGUAUCGAUGCUUUCUUCAUUUUAGCAAUUCUUCUGAGUGUAGUAGGAACUCAGUUUGCUUUUAAUUUGCAUUUUCCUGAUGACUAAUAAUGUUGAGGCCUCUUUCGUUAGCUUAUUAUCUAUUGCUUAUUGAUGUAAACUGUCUACUUCAGUUUUUGGAAAAAAAAAUCUGUAUAUGCUUCCAAAGCGAAAACAACUUGGUCAUUAAUUAAUAGGCAAUCUAUGGCAUUCAUAGGACUACUUGAAAUUUUGGAAAUAAAAUCAUAUAUUAGGU